AUGGUCAGGUUCAAGGUUACGUCGAUCCCAACCAGCCGCAAAACCAAUAUCCCGGACAAUUCCAGCAAGGUCAGCAGGGUUACAAUGGCAACCCUCCUCAGGGUUACAGGGGCGGAAACCCUCAACAAGGAUCUGAUGGCUAUACUCCUGCACAAGCCCAACAAUGGAUUCAGUUGCCGAUUCAGUAUGACCCUCAGCAAGGUUCUAUAUACUCCGGAGGAACACAGCCGCAGCAGCAUGGCUCAACAAUGGAGUCACUUGCAGAUUCAGCAUAACCCUCAGCAGGGUUCUAUAUACGGAGGAACACAGCCGCAACAGCAUGGGCAUCCAAUGGGCAGUCCCCAGAUAAGGCCACCACAACCACCGCAUCCACCCCAGGGUGGCUGCGGUCCAGGUCGAGGAGGAGGAGGAGGCAUCAACCAGAACACACCUUCUAGGGCUCAACCUAACCCUAAUCAACAGUUUCCGCCGCAGUUACCACCUCAGGGUCUACCACAGAUGACACUGCAGGUUCCUCUAACUCUGUUCCCACCUCAGGGUCCGCCACAGUGUGCACCGCAGUUUCCUCCUCAGGGUGCACCACAGUUCACAAAUAAUUCUCAACAAUGGAGACAGUUGCUGAUUCAGCAUGACCCUCAGCAGGGUUCUAUAUACGCCGGAGGGACACAGCCGCAGCAGCAUGGGCAUCCAAAGGGCAAUCCCCAGAUAAGGCCACCACAACCACCGCAUCCACCCCAGGGUGGCUGCGGUCAAGGUCAAGGUUUUCAACAACAUCAACCACCUCUGAUGUCCCAGGGUGGCUUGGGAAACGGCCCAAUAGGAGGAGGAGAAGGCGGUUUCAACCAAUGUACACCUCCUAUGAGUCAACCUAACCUGAAUCAACAGUUCCCGCCACAGUUUCCACUUCAGGGUCCACCACAGUUAAAACCGCAGAAUCCUCUGACUCUGUUCCCACCUCAGGGUCCACCACAGUUAAAACCGCAGAAUCCUCCAACUCUGUUCCCACCUCAGGGUCCACCACAGUUUGCACCGCAGGUUCCUCCAGCUCAGUUCCCACCUCAGGGUGCGCCACAAAUUGUCCUGCUGGUUCCUUCAAGUCAGUUCCCACCGCAGGGUCUACCACCGUAUCCACCUCACGUUCCACAGUAG